UAGUUACAUCUUCACUGUUUUGUUUUAUGCAAGAGUGAGAGGCGUGAAGCCAAUGCAUUUCUAAGAAGCUGGAAAGGGAUGCAUUUCAAAGCACGCUGCACUGCCUCGCGCAAAGGCCUUUGUUUCAAGGGUCACAUCUGUUGACCAGAUGAUCACCCACCCUUUUCAGUUCCUCUGCCUUUUUAGCGCUCCUUAAAUCAGUCGCAACCAACUUCUCACGCGCGGUGGAGCAGGCUCAACUGCCCUGCAUUCCCUGUUUCUCUGAUUAAAACAACAAUACACUUUUUCGAUUGAAAUCAAAUCCGUUUUCAACUUCCUAUAACCCUUUGAUUAGCAGUUAUAGGCGUUCCGUUAAAGCGAACAUUUUUGUGGUCCCUCGGGCCGGAUGUGUUGAACAUUUUACGCAAAAACUCAAUCGUGAUUUGCUCAAUCGUGCGGCAUUAAUUCACUGAACAAUCGGAAGAGUGAAAUCGUGAAUGUUCCGCCGUGUUGCUGAAUGUGCGUCUCUCUGUGUGUCUGUAUGCUGUUUUCAUGUUAGCACUGACGAAAUAAUGUGUCUCGCGCAACUGGUCGAGCCGGAAAAUUUUCUCGUGACAUGAUGUUAGCCUGAAAAGUUCCUUGUAAUUCAAUAUUAAUGUUAGAUACUGUUCUGUAUGAAUAUUAUUGCUGUAUGAAAGUUCGUGAAUAUUCCUGAUUUCAUGAUAACUUAGCGUCACUGCAAUUUUUCCGUCUAACAGCAAUAAUUCACUAUGUGUCAAACUUAAGAACCUGUUCGAUACUCGCGUUUGUCAAAUGACCGUGGAGACGCGUAAUAUAACCUGUGAAUACUGAAAUUCAAAUACUGAUCAACAAUGAAUUCUCAAAAAACUCUGUGCAUUACUUAUUCUGGAUACCUAACUCUUUUCUGACUGAGCAAAUGAACAUCCGAAUUGAUUGAUUGACACUUUGAUUGGUAAGCUUGUUCAAGUUCUUGAGUCAUCAAUGUUAAUGAUUUGACCUGAAAAUCAUCCAUUUCAUGUUUUUCUAAUCCUGAUUUACCUUAUGCUCCAUUUCAUGUUUUUCUAAUCCUGAUUUUACCUUAUGCUGGUUUUUUCCUAAACCUCUCAAGUUUUUCCUUAAGCGUUUCUUCCGUCUUCUUAACCCAUUAUCCAUUAUGCCUGGAGAUGGUGAGACAAGUAAUGCAACAAGGUUGAAAACUCUUCGUCGUCAGAGAGGUCAUGUUCAAUCUGCUAUUACAUCAUUUGAAAAGGUUUUGAACAAUUGGAGAGACAACGGUGAUGAUCGAGAUGCUGAUUAUCUCCAAGUAUCCUUGGAAAGUGUUCAAAAGACUUUUGAGAAAUUAGAGCCCAUCCAAGAUGAGCUGGAGGAGUUGGAUGAGGAAAAUGAAACGCCGCGACGUGAAAAUCUUCAAACUUCAUUUAAUUUGGUCGUCGCAAGAGCGAGAAAAUAUUUGAGAGAGACUUCACUCGCGAAUAGUGUUGCGGGCUCGUCACAGUCUGAAAAGAGCAAUAAUUCUGAUAAGGACAGUUCAUCACUCCCUGUAAAGUUACCAACAAUUAGACUUCCGAAAUUUGACGGCUCAAUUGAGCAAUGGGCUUCUUUUUACGACUUGUUCACAUCAUUAAUUGACGAAAACCCUGAUUUAUCUCGCGUUACUAAAUUGCAGUAUUUGCGCUUAUCACUUAGCGAAAAUGCUGCAAAAUUGAUUCAAUAUCUUGAGACAACUGAUGAUAACUAUGAGAUUGCUUUAAGUUUGCUGAAAAAUAAAUUCGACAGUCCGCGGCGUGCAAUGAAACGUCACUGGGCAAUUUUGUGCGAUUACACAAAACUACUGAAAGACAAACCAAUUGAGUUAGGUAAACUCGUUGAUACAUUCAAUCAGCAUUUAAGGGCAUUGGAAAAUUUAGGUGCUCCUGUUGAUCAGUGGAGCGUUCCCGUGAUUAGUCUGAUUUUGAGUAAAAUUAGUUCUGAGACCGCUGAAAAAUGGGAAUUUACUCUGAAAGAUAAUAGUAUGCCACCUUACUCCAAUUUAUUAAAUUACCUCGAAAAAAAGGCACACUCCGUUGACUUUUCGACCAGUUUUGAGACAAGUUCUUCAACAACCGAGGAUUCGUCUCAGGGCAAGCAAAAAUCCACUAAAAAUUCUCAUCAGAGGGAUAAAAGCUUUUCGAUCACGAAGUCUUCAUCUCAACCGAAUUCUUUCACAAAAUUAUGUGUUCUAUGUACCGACAAACAUCCCCUAUAUUUGUGCGAAAAAUUUAAGAAAAAAACGACGGAUGAAAGACGGAAAUUUGUGAGUGAAAAGUCGCUUUGUUUUAAUUGUUUAAAGGCAAAUCACGGUCGUGAUAGCUGUCGGUGCCCUUUCCGCUGCAAAAAUUGUGGUGACAAACACAAUACACUACUUUGCUUGAAAUCUCCUGACAGUACUGAGAGUUCGGGAAAAAAUGGUGCUAGUUUUCUGGUGCACUCAAUGUCUAGCGACCUGAUAACUACCGCAAUAGUGGAUGUUGUGAAUCAAAGUGGACACGCGGUCCAAUGUCGGACUUUGUUGGAUACGGGCUCGACAACAAAUUUUAUGUCGGAGCGGCUCGCUAAAAGGCUCGGUCUAGUAAAGGCUAAAUUUUCACAAUUUGUCGAUGGCUUAAAUGGCAUUAAAACAGUAUCGAAGGGACUUGUAGAUGCUGUGAUUCAAUCAAGAUGCUCUGGUUAUAAAAGGGAAUUAAGCUUUCAUGUUGUAGAAACAAUUUCAAAUUUUGUUCCGGAUCAACCAAUUAAUAGAAGAGAAUUGGCAAUCCCGGCAAAUUUAAAAUUGGCUGACCCAGAUUUCCAUCGCCCUGCCCCUUUAGAAAUGAUACUUUCUUCGGGUGUUACACUUUCACUCUUUUGCAAAGGGCAAAUAACCUUAUCUGAUGUAAAUAUUGACCUUUUCCUGCAAAAAACUCUACUUGGUUGGGUCAUCGGGGGGAGGGGUCCAUCAAAUAACCCUGCACCUAACCCGUGCUGUCAUUUGACUACACUCAAUUUUGAUCUUGCGAACUUCUGGACCAUGGAGGAGGAGCCUAAGAAAAAAUUUCUCACUGAUGAAGAAGCCUUUUGCGAGGACCACUUCAAAAAAAAUGUGACGAGAAAUGAGAAUGGUAGGUAUUGCGUAGCCUUGCCGUUCAAUGAAAGGCUCCCUGAAUUAGGCGAAUCAAGAGACAUUGCAUAUAAGAGGUUCUUAAAUACUAAACGUAGAUUAGCAAUGAAUCCUGAAUUAGAAAAACAAUACAAUGCUGUUAUGCAAGAGUAUAUUGAUUUAGGCCAUAUGUCUCCAGUUGAAGGAUCAAAGAUGAGUUCUGAAGGGUAUUUUUUACCCCAUCACGCUGUGAUAAAAACAUCAAGUUUGACGACUGCCUUGCGAGUCGUUUUCGAUGGCUCUGCUCAAAGUUCAACCGGUAUUUCACUGAAUGAUACGUUGUCAAAUGGGCCAGUCAUUCAACCCGAUUUAUUUACGCAGCUAUUGAACUUCCGUAGGUACCCAGUUGUUGUAACAGCUGAUCUGGAAAAGAUGUACCGGCAAGUGCUGGUCCGUCCUGAGGACCGGAAAUAUCAGCAAAUUUUUUGGCAAAAUAGUGAAGGUAAAAUCGUGAUCUAUCAGUUGAACACAGUCACUUUUGGCUUGACACCGGCGCCAUUUUUAUCUAUUAGAUGCCUUCAUCAGUUAUCUGAUGAUGAAGGUGAACAUUUUCCAUUAGCUGCAAAACUUUUGAAGGAAAACUUUUAUGUAGAUGAUGCUCUUUUAAAUUUUAAGAACGUCGAAACUGCGAAACAAGGCGUAAAUCAAUUAACUGGCCUGCUAAUGAAGGGUCAGUUCAAUGCCCGUUCUUUUGCCUCUAAUGUACCUGAAGUAUUAAAGGGCAUCCCUCCUGAUAAAAUAAAUCGUCACCUUAUCUUAAAUGAUACAUCCACCAUUGGAACGCUAGGCGUUAAGUGGGAUUCAUCGAAUGAUAGUAUUCUGUAUUGUGUUGACUUGCCUGACUCCCCACGGCAAGUAACUAAACGCAUUGUUUUGUCUGAAAUUUCAAAAAUAUUUGACCCGUUGGGUCUUGUGGGACCCGUGAUUAUCACAGCAAAAAUAAUUAUUCAGGAUUUGUGGAAAUUGAAGUUGGGCUGGGAUGAGUCAUUGCCUAUGAGUUUGCAUAGCUACUGGCAAAAAUAUCGUCGACAACUUCAAUCACUAAAUGAUUUAAGCUUUGAUCGUAAAGCAGUCAUUAAUGAGCCAACUAAUAUUCAGAUCCAUGGUUUCAGUGAUGCGAGUGAGAAGGCUUAUGGUGUUUGUGUAUAUUUGAGAUCAGAAAACGCUGAAAAAACGACACAGGUUUCUCUACUUUGCGCCAAAUCUAGGGUAGCUCCUGUAAAGGUUGUCUCUAUACCCAGAUUGGAGCUGUGCGGAGCUUUGCUGUUGACUAAUCUGAUUGACAGCAUAAAAAAUAGCAUGAAAUUACCGUUCGAUGGAGUGACAUACUGGACGGACUCGACUGUAGUACUAAAUUGGCUUCAAACAUCACCCGCUCGACUUAAAACUUAUGUUGCUAACCGGGCUUCGGAAAUUCAAACAAAAACUGAAUCGAACGAGUGGCGAAAGGUAAAAAGCUGUGAUAAUCCCGCAGACCUCAUUUCACGUGGUUUAAUGCCUAAGGACUUUGAAAAUGCUUCAAUUUGGCAACAAGGUCCACAGUGGCUAAGUCAACCUGAAGAAACAUGGCCAGUCUCUGAGUUCUAUUAUGAUUCUGAAAGCAUUGAGGAAGUAAAGGCCUCUAAAUGUUUUCAUUAUACCCACAUUGAUAUUUCUCUGUUUGAAAAGUAUUCUUCGAUUUUUAAAUUACAAAGAAUCAUAGCUUAUUGCAUGCGCGUGAAAAGGCGUAAUUACAUUGCUUCGAGAAUGAUAACUGUACCUGAAAUGAAUGAGGCAUUGAAAGUUAUAGUACGCCAGAUUCAGAGAGCGUCAUUUCCAGAGGAAAUCAGGCAAUUAGAAAAGGGUGAAAAUGUGCGCCCUCAAAACCGCCUGAGUCCACUGACCCCAUUUCUAGACAAAGAGGGCAUCUUGAGAGUUGGGGGAAGGCUCCAAAAUGCGGCUCUCCCAUUCUCACAGCGUCAUCCAAUGUUAAUUCCAAAAACACACCAUGUCACACGGCUUUUGAUUGAGGCAGAACAUCAAACAAAUGCCCAUGCGGGUGUCCAGUCAACUCUCUACGCAUUGCGUCGGCGAUUUUGGGUAAUCGACGGACGUAACACUGUGCGUAAAAUUAUAAGACAAUGCGUGUGUUGUUCUAAACUGAGCCCUCCCUCACCGGAGUAUUUAAUGGGUAACCUCCCGACUGCACGCGUGCAGCCCGCGAGACCUUUCACUCAGGUCGGAGUUGACUAUUGUGGCUAUUUUUACAUAAAGGAGAAAAAAUAUCGAAAUAGAAACAAGUUAAAGGUUUAUGUUGCAGUCUUUGUGUGUUUAGCAACAAAGGCCGUGCACUUAGAAUUAGUAUCUGAUUUAACUACGGUUUCAUUUAUUGAAGCUCUCAGGAGAUUUAUAGCAAGAAGAGGGCUUCCUGCGGAUAUCUUUUCGGAUAAUGCGACCAAUUUCGUGGGUGCGAAGAAUCAGUUAAAAGAGUUGUACACUCUUUUGAGUGAUCAAAAACACCAAACUCAAGUGAGUGCAUUUUCUCUCAAAUAUGAAAUACAAUGGCAUUUUAUUCCGGCUCGCUCUCCGAAUUUCGGAGGCCUUUGGGAGGCUGCGGUAAAGUCUUUUAAACACCAUCUGCACCGCGUCAUUGGUACCGAUCUUUUUACGUAUGAUGAGUUUACAACCUUUCUGUAUGAAAUUGAAGCAGUUUUAAAUUCCCGUCCAUUAACUCCUAUUUCCUCUGACCCAAACGACCUCCUUGUCCUCACCCCAGGUCAUUUCCUGAUUGGUGACUCAUUAAAAAGCUUGCCCCAUGAAGAUUUCAGAGAUGUCAAAAUGAAUCGGCUUUCUACCUGGCAACACAUCCAACAGGCGAAGCAACAUUUUUGGGCACGAUGGUCCCGGGAGUACCUCAACGAGCUCACUGUGCGCCACAAAUGGACAAAAAAUUCACCUAACAUCAAAGAGGGGACACUAGUUAUGUUGAAAGAAGACAAUGUUCCACCUCUAAACUGGCCUCUAGGACGUGUAGUUCAGUGCCACCCAGGAAAAGAUGGCGUCACGCGAGUAGUCACUGUUAAAACAGCGCAAAACACCCUCAAGCGCAAUGUGAGAAAUGUUGCACCUUUACCGAUUGAUUCGGAUGAGUCUGAACGCAACUGAAAACUGUACCUCUAAUUUUGAUUUAAUUUUUAUUCAAUUUUUAUUUUUAAUAUUUUCACAUUUACUUAAAAGUUUCUGUUGUUUCACUGAAUUUGAAAAACUGAGAACUGAACCUCUAAUUUUGAUCUAAUUUCCAUUCAAUUUUUUAUUUUAAUGUUUUCACAUUUAAUUAAAAUUUUCUGUAGUUUCACUGAAAUUGAAAAGAAAUUGUAGACCUACUUAUUUUAGUAUGUAUGUAAUGGGAUUCAAAAUUCACUGUAGUUAGAUGUCUUGAUCGGCUGGGACCGAUCAACGGGGGGAGCCUGUUCCGUCGUGCGUUAGUUACAUCUUCACUGUUUUGUUUUAUGCAAGAGUGAGAGGCGUGAAGCCAAUGCAUUUCUAAGAAGCUGGAAAGGGAUGCAUUUCAAAGCACGCUGCACUGCCUCGCGCAAAGGCCUUUGUUUCAAGGGUCACAUCUGUUGACCAGAUGAUCACCCACCCUUUUCAGUUCCUCUGCCUUUUUAGCGCUCCUUAAAUCAGUCGCAACCAACUUCUCACGCGCGGUGGAGCAGGCUCAACUGCCCUGCAUUCCCUGUUUCUCUGAUUAAAACAACAAUACACUUUUUCGAUUGAAA